AUGGAUCCAGACGGGUGUUCCUCGCUACAUGCAAACUUUUCCCUGCCCACGGUGCGGCACGAGGUAGCACUGCCAGAGGCGUGCACCCCUGAGCAUGUGCCAAAAUAUGACCCCACUGCCACUUUGGAGAGCCCCGCAAGACGCUAUCCAUUCACACUUGACCCGUUUCAGGCAAUCUCAAUUGCCUGCCUCGAGGCUAAGGAGUCGGUGUUGGUUGCCGCACACACGUCCGCUGGAAAGACAGUUGUGGCAGAGUAUGCCAUUGCCAUGGCCCUGCGCGACCGGCAGCGCGUAGUCUAUACGAGCCCCAUAAAAGCACUUUCAAAUCAAAAGUAUCGCGAGCUGCUGGAUGCUUUUGGCGACGUCGGGCUGAUGACAGGAGAUGUCACCAUCAAUCCUGCCGCGUCUUGCCUAGUGAUGACGACCGAGAUAUAUCGCUCCAUGCUGUACCGCGGCUCAGAAGUAAUGCGAGAAGUGGCCUGGGUCAUCUAUGACGAGAUUCACUACAUGCGCGAUAAGGAGCGUGGCGUGGUGUGGGAAGAGACAAUUAUUUUGACGCCGUCAAGUGUGCGUUUCGUUUUUCUUUCUGCGACGAUUCCAAAUGCAUUGCAAUUUGCCGAGUGGAUCAGCGCGCUUCACAAGCAACCGUGCCAUGUGGUUUACACAGAAAUGCGACCAACCCCUUUGCAGCACUAUGUCUUUGGGGCAAGUGGCGAUGGCAUCCAUCUUGUGCUCGAUGAGCGCAAGAAUUUCCGCGAAGAUAACCUCGCCAAGGCACUGGCGGCGGUGGGCAGCCAAGAAAGUCGGUCUUCCACGGCCGGUUCUGAUCUACAAAAGAUAAUACGGCUUAUUAUGGGCCGCGCUCUGCACCCGGCGAUAGUUUUUUCUUUUUCGCGGCGCGAAUGUGAAGCCAAUGCCGUCCAAAUGGCCGGGAUGGACCUCAACACGGAAGACGAAAAAGAUCUGGUGUCGCUCGUUUUUGCCAAUGCGACAGAAGCUCUUUCAGAAGAGGAUCGAUCACUACCGCAGAUUGCCUCGCUAUUGCCGCUGCUACGGCGCGGCAUUGCACUGCAUCACUCUGGGCUGUUGCCUGUGCUCAAGGAGGUCAUCGAAAUUCUCUUUCAGGAAAACCUGAUAAAGAUCCUCUUUGCCACAGAAACUUUUGCUAUCGGGUUGAACAUGCCAGCGCGAACGGUUGUCUUCACUGCGAUCCGAAAAUUUGAUGGUGAAACCGUGCGGACGAUCUCACCUGGCGAGUAUAUCCAAAUGUCUGGUCGGGCAGGCCGCCGUGGUAUCGAUGCGCGAGGUGUUGUUAUCCUGAUGAUGAGCGAACGCGUGCAACCAGAACUUCUGCGUUCAAUAAUGUGUGGCAGCGCAGAUCCGCUUCAUUCUGCAUUUAGGCUCUCAUACAACAUGGUGCUAAACAUGAUGCGACUAGAAGGGUUCCACCCCGAGGCCAUGCUUGAGCGUUCCUUUAUGCAGUUCCAAAAUCGCAGUGCAUUGCCGCUUCUUGCUGCCCGUGUUGAGGCGGCCGCAAGCGCUGCUGCCAAUGCUGCUGCCGAGGCCUCUCGCUUUGUUUCUGGCUCCAUUGAUGCCCAAUCACCUGCCAUUGAUACCCAUUUGGACAUCACUAAAUGUGCUUCGGUCGAUGUGUUGCUAAAAAGAUUUGCAGCCACGGAGCAAUUACGGACGGUGCGAGAGGAGAUCCGCCGUCGUGUUUUUGAUGCUAGCAUUAUUUUGCCAUUCUUGCAGCCUGGCCGUCUUGUGCGAGUGCGUACAGAGAAUAGCACGGGCGACUCUGGGGCAUCAUGGGGGGCAGUGUUGUCCACACACAAGAUCAAGAGUGCACGGCCGCAAAACCUUUCUCCGUGGAUCGUAGACGUCAUGGUGAGCUCGGGUGAAGUUGUACCAUUCUCUCUGGACCUUGUUGACAAUAUCUCUUCGAUUCGCAUGGUAAUUCCUGGGGAUCUCAAGUCUGCAGAGCAGCGUCAGCGGCUAGGCACGUCUAUGACAGAGCUUUUUCACCAGUUUCCUAGCGAGAAAAUUCCAGUGCUUUCUCCCACUGAAGACCUUGGGCUUGCCACUGAUGGCGCCUUUAUGCGCAGCGUUACCAAGCGUGAUGCGCUUGAGCGCCGCGUACACCAAUUAUGCAUUAGCGAUGCAGAAUUGGCUGCAGCGAGGGCGGUUGUGGAGGCCCGAGCAGAACUCGUAGCUGCGCAACGGACCCUGCAUGCCGCAACCCUGGUCUCGCAGAUGGAUGAUCUACGACGGCGGCGGCGCGUCCUCCGCCUUCUGGGCUUUACAGAGCCAGCAGGCGGCCUUUCUAACGCUGCCGCGGCCGAUUUUAUGUUGGAAACUCGAACAUCCGAUGUCGUCAUCAUCAAAGGACGUGUUGCAUGUGAGAUUUCCACCGGUGAUGAGCUCGUAUUGACCGAGCUGCUUUUCGCCGGUGUCUUCAAUGCGCUGUCGGUGGAGGCAGCACUUGCUCUCCUUUCGUGUUUCGUUUGCGAGGAGAGAGCUCCAGAAGGCAGUGCUAGUGCUCUUCCAGAAGAACUGCGAGCACCUUAUGCACAGCUUUUGGAGACAGCGCGAACCGUAGCACGCACUUUGCGCAUCGUCAGCGAUGAUGUUGCUGCUGAUGGGGAUAGCGAGCGUGCUUUAUCGGAGCAGUUUCGUCCCACCCUUAUGGAGGCGGUAAUGUCGUGGGCACGUGGUGCCAAAUUUGCCGUUGUCUGCAAAAUUGCGGACAGUGUUUUCGAAGGCUCCAUCAUACGCACCAUGAGACGGCUCGAGGAGCUGUUGCGGCAGCUCUGUCAGGCCGCAAAGACAAUUGGAUCUACCACGCUCGAAGUCAAGUUUGCCGAAGGCAUCACGGCGAUACGCCGUGACAUCGUCUUUGCUAGCUCGCUUUAUUUAUAA